AUGUUUCGGUUCUGCUCAGAAACAGGCGCUAGCCUGGGAUUCUGCCGACAGUUGACGACUGACAAGUGCCCCAGCCACACCUGCUUGACUAGGACCCACGGGACUCCGUGGUCGACUAUCCGCUUUGAAGCCGCGACGUGCCGAGUGCAGACUGCAACAUUGUGGACGGACUGGUGUUGGCUGCUUGUCCUGACAGCUGUUUGGCUCUUUGCAGACUUGCUCUGCAAGCCCCCUCUUUUGGCCGUGUGCAUUCUCUCCGUUCCAUCCUCAGCGGGAGAAGGGCAUGGGAAUGUUAGCACAAAGCUGGCAAAUCGUUACCUCUUGUCAGCCAUGUCCGCUCUCAACGUCGAGCUUGCUUUGUCUCAUCAGUGCGGCGCCGUGGUGUUGGAGAGCGACAUGUGCAGCCGAAGUAGUAGCACCUUGCCGGCAUGGCACGUUCUGCUGCUUUCCCUAAGCCACGGCAGCAUCGGGUCCGUGGACCGCCGAAUCCGCGGCAUUUUGCACUUUCUGCUCUGUAUUAGAAUUCAGGUACACGCGGAUUGUUCGGAUGGUGGGACCACAGCCAGGAUGUAA